AUGCCGCCCAUUCCGCCUCUUUUCGUCCUCCCAAUUCCGCUGUCGGUGGCAACCUCGUCUACCGACAAUCAGGAGGGAAAGUUCGUGUGCACACAGGCUGCCCCUCAAGUCUAUCUUCUCUCCUUCGAACACCGUCCCGACAAUCGCCUCACGCCAGCGUUCAAUCAAACAUUUAUUCUAGCACUCGAUAUCAUCGAGCACCGAUUGCCCCGUGGGGUGGUCAUCACCACAUCCUCCAUCACCAAGUUCUAUUCCAAUGGCUUGGACUAUGAGAACGCCAUUAGGGAUCCCACCUUCUUCGCGGACAGCUUAUUCCCCUUGUGGCGCCGUUUGAUCACCUGCCCGAUGCCAACCAUCGCUCUGUUGAACGGGCACGCCUUUGCUGGCGGCUUAAUGACGGCACUCAUGCAUGACUACCGCAUCAUGAAUCCGCACAAGGGCUUCUUGUGUCUGAACGAGCUCGAUUUUGGGGCGCCUCUGCAGCCUCCCAUGGCCUCAGUCUUCCGAGUGAAACUGAACAUGACAACUUUUAGAAAUAUGGUCCUCGAGAGCAGGAGAUUCCCGGCGCUGGAGGCACUGAAGGAGGGGAUCAUCGACGGUGUUGGUGGUGUCGACGAGACCUUGGCUUUCAUUGGAGAGAUGAAGUUAACCCAAAAGGCGCAAGGGAGGUCGUAUGGGAAGAUUAAGGAGGAACUGUACCGGGAAGUGGUCCGAGAUUUGGACGAGGCAGCUGAUGCAACGAAGAUACUGACAGCUCGAGACCUGGACCGAGACCGCAGGAAUCUGGAAGCGAAGAAGAGAGUCGACGAUUAUCAGGCUAUACUGCAGAAAGCCAAGCUGUGA